CACGGCCAAGUUAUUGAUGACUGUACGGUCGACUGUACAAAAGAAACAUCAUGGCGUCUAGCGGGUUAAAGAAAAAGAGUGGAAAAGCUGGACUUUUGGAUAAGUGGGCCAUCGGUUCUGAUCAGCCAGUCAAGAUAGACAAGUGGGACUGCAAUGCGGUAAAAAAUGCCCUUGAUGAUGCAGCGAAGAAGGUACUGAGUGAGGGCUUUGGCUAUGUGGAAGACUUCAAAGUUACUGAUAUUCGCUUGGCUAUCUGUACUUUAUCUUGCUGCUUUGCCCUCGCUGCCUUGAUAUAUGAUUACCUUUACCCUUUUCCAGUUUCACGGCCUGUCCUUAUCACAUGUGUACUGUCAUACUUUGCUUUAAUGACUGUCUUGACAAUCUUUACAACCUUUGUUGAGAAAAAUUACAUCAUGUUUGCUGUGCAGAAGGAUGAAGCAGGAGUGGGUCCCAACAAUUACUGGAGUUUGCAUUCUACACUGAAGCGCUAUGAUCAAUAUUACACCUUGACAAUCAUUUAUAAAGAUGGUGUCACUAAGAAGGAAAGAGAGCAGAGUAUGAAAAAGUCUGUGGCUUCAUGGUUUGAUGAAGAUGGUACACUGUUAUUUGACAUCCUUGAAAGAGAUGUCCGUGAACUUCACAAUGGAAUUGCAUCUGAGAAAAAGGACAAGUGAUGUUAAGGACCCAGCUGCAAGAGCAGAAGUGUUAAUAGUGAUGUGUGGAAUCUUCUUAAAAUAAAUAUUGACAACUUGAUGACAAGAUAUGCCCUCACUUUCAGACUGUAGGCUUCAAAAUGGAGCAGUUGUAAUAAAAGUCAAAUACUGAUA